UGUUAAUCUGCAACAGUAAGAGAGAUCCAAAUUGCACUCUCCAUUUUUCUCUCCAGAAAAAUUAAAAACCUUUUUGUCGUUAUUUCUCUCUCUCUUUCUCUCGCCAAUCGAUUUGAGGGGGGUAAAAAAGUUAGCAGAUCGAAACCCUAUUUCGCUUCCUUUCUAAUCCUUUGUCCGCUUCCUUGAUUCUUCGAUCCAGGUACCUCUGUGACGCAAAACCCUAGUUUUUGACAUUCCUAGAUUAGUGAAAACCCUCUAAUUUGUUUCCUUCGAUCUCGAUAAGUGCUUUUUGAAUUCAAAAUUUAAUCGUUUUUUGGCGACAAUUUAUACAUUCCGAUGGUGUAGGACGCUGAGAUUCCGAUUCUGAUAUAAGAAAUACAGGCUUAGUGUGUACAUAUAUGUUGGCUCGAGCUUGAUUUUUUUUUUUUUUUUUUUUGAGGAAGAAGAUGGUUGUUUCGUUGUAGGGAUUAUGGGAAUUUUAGAUGGACAAUAUGGGGUUGUUCAUUUAUUUGGGAAGCUGAUGAUGGUAGAAUGAGAUGAUAGAAUAAGUUUGAAUCAGCUGGUGUUUUGGAUUUUUCUUUGUUCGUACUAGCUGGAUUUUGAAUUUUCUUGGUUUAGCGUUAAUGGGCGGUGUUGUAUAAGUAGUUCACAAAUUCAAUGCAAUAUACUCUUCGAUGAUUUUGUGAGUCUUGAUAAUCCGGUUAUGAGAAGGCUAGCGCUUGGAUAUUGAAAUACUAUACUGGGAUUUUGCGGGACAGAAGAGUUUUAGUAAGUUGAUAGAAAUUUUAUUUCUGGUUCUGGAUGUUGCUUGGCAGUUCUUGAGUUUAAAUGUAAUUGGUAGUACAUUUUGCGCGGUAGAAGACAGUGAUCAGCACAAGCUUGGUAUUAUCAUCUCUAAAUUGGAAGAGUAUUUUGCAGAAUGAGCUUAGAAAAGGAAGACGAACUCGGAGUGAAUCAUCCUGUUGAAACCGCUCAUGAUUCAGAAAAGACAUUCAAACUUUCAUACACAAGAGAAUUCCUUUUAUCGCUGAGUGAAUUGGAUGUUUGCAAAAGGUUGCCCAGUGAUUUUGAUCAGUCGCUUCUAAGUGAAUUUGAGGAUACUUCACAAGAUCGCCAAAGAAUUUCUGGCAAUGCACCGUUGCAUGGUUUUAGAAGGAACGAAUAUGGGUCUUCCCCACCUACGAGAGGAGAGUUAGGUAAUUAUUCUCGGGGGAUUCAUGGAAGGUGGGACAAUAGAUCAAGUGGCCGAAGUGACAGAGACAGUGACUCGCAAUCUGACUGGGACUCAGGUUUUAAGCGAAUUUCAGGUGUUGCAUCUCGGCGGUCUUGGCAAGUUCCUGAGCAUGAUGGACUUCUUGGGAGUGGUUCUUUCCCAAGACCAUCCGGAUUUUCAGCUGGGGCAUCUGCUCCAAGGUUUCGGUCCAAUGAUAGCUACCAGCUUGGUACGACAAAUGAGCCAUAUCAUCCACCCCGACCUUAUAAGGCAGUACCUCAUUCACGGAGGGACACAGAUUCAUACAAUGAUGAAACCUUUGGUUCUUCAGAGUAUACAAGUGAGGAUAGAGCAGAAGAGGAAAGAAAGAGAAGAGCUUCCUUUGAGUUAUUGAGGAAGGAGCAGCAUAAAUCAUUUCAAGAAAAGCAAAAGUUGAAUCCGGAAGGGCGUAAAAAUGAAUUUGAUAUUACUGAACUGCUUGAGGAUUCCAAAGAUGAAAAGAGACUUCCAAAUAAGAGUCAUAAAGCCAAUGAGCCUGUGGUGCUGCCCGUCCCAGAUAAUGAUUCUCAGAAGUUAUCUCUUCCCUCACAAGCACCUGCAUCCAGACCUCUUGUACCUCCAGGUUUCAGGAGCACAAUUUUGGAAAAAAACUUUGUGGCAAAAACUUUGAGUGACAGCCGUUCAUCUGAGGCUGCAAAUUCUCAGCCUGAGGGUGGUCUUUUGCAUGCUAAAGGCAAUCAACUGUUAAAUGGAACGUCAAGUAAUCAUGAGGAGAGACAAUCUGCGGUACAGGUGGGAAUUGAUGAACAGCAGCAGGAAAAGAUGGGUGUUCCAGUUUCAGCUCAUAACAUGAGUGACAAGAGUCUGAGUGUAUCAUCAGCCUUUGAUGCAUCCACCUCGAGUAAAAUAAGCAUAGGAAACCAACUGUGCAAGGAUUCUAAUCUUUCAGAGCCAACUGAAGUACCAACUAAUGGUGAAAUUAUAGAAGUUGAUUCAGUAAAGACAGCAAAGGGCAAACUUUUGGAUGGUUCCAGUCAGGAUCCUGCGCCUUCCAUUCUAGAUAAGCUCUUUGGUAGUGCUAUUACACUUAAUGGUGGUGACUCCUCUAGCUUCAUUGAGCAUCGUGAUGGUAAAGCUGAUGAAACAUGGAGCCCUCAGGCUGUCCAUUCUUCCAAGUUUGCUUAUCUAUUUCUUGAGGAAGAGAAGAAGCCAGUUGAUGACAUUUCAUCUAGCAGGCCAAAUGAGUUACUGUCACUGAUUCAGGGUGGUGAGAGAGGUGGAUACGAGAUUUCUGAUGUGAAAGCUACAAAACAGUUUUCAUCAGAACUUCCGUUCACUGGAUCUGAAAGUGCAGACAGGCACAUAGGAGCAAGUUUGGAAUGUGCUAAAAUUGAAAACUCUGAACAGUUCUGCAAUAGUAGUGUUAAGAAAUCAGCAGCUGUUCCAGGUGUCCUCACAUGUGAGGAUCUUGAGCAGUCUAUUUUAUCAGAAAUCAAGGAAAAUGAUCAUACUCCAACUUCACCCUCGCCUUUGCAAGGAUGGAGCAUGAGGAUGGAACAGCAAAAAUUGGAUAUUAAUGAUCAUGCCUCUCAGCACCUUCUUUCUUUGUUACAAAGGGGAAUAGGUCCACCAGACAUGGUACAGCUUCCAAUUCUAGAUGAUAGAUUUUUGGAAAAAGAGCCUAAUGUUGAAAUAGGGAGUACUGGCACUUCAAUUAAUGACAAAAAAGAGGCAACUGUUGAAAAUGUUGCUGGCUCAGGAAAGGCAUUGACUCUUGAAACACUUUUUGGGACUGCUUUCAUGACUGAACUCCAAUCAAUAGGAGCACCAUUGUCUGCAAAAGUAGAUGUUCCUGAAUCUCAUGGGUUGCCUCUUCAACUCACAGAAGAUGAUUGCCUUCAUUCUACAAUUCCAUUUGGAUCUGACAGGACUACUUAUCAAAAGAACAUUACGGCACCAAACCAAAGAGAGCAAAUGAAAUCAGAUAAUUUUGCAGAGCAAUUUAUUAGCUUUGAUGGCCGUGGAAAGGAUAUGGAUUCGUCACAGCUCCAGUCAGAAUCAGGCUCUAAAUGCAGUAGAUUUGAUGGUUCCGUUGACAUUCGGCUUCCUGAAGAGGGUAGUUUAAUUGCUGCAAGUAAUCCUCUGAACCUCCAAAACUUCAUGCCUAUUAGGAGUUCGGUUAAAACUGAACGAGAAUCGCCAGUUAACAUUGCUGAAAAACUAGCAGCUCUAAAUUCAGUCUUAAGAGAUGAAAGAUCUGUUGUGAGAUGUCAAGAUGGUCUGCCUUUCCUUCGUGGUCCUCAUGAUGUGAGGGACCCUGAUUUUCCUUUCCAUAAUCUCAAUGUCCAGCCAUCGUCCCCACAGCUUCAUUCUCAGUUGAAUCAUGCGGGUCCGAUGUUCCAUUCAUUAGAUAAUCAUCGUGCUAAUAUUAAUUCUCAGGUGAAUUUCAUGGCGCCAGAAGGCAUUGUUCGUCAUGAUCCGCCAAAUCAUCAAUUCCCAGCAAAUAUGAUUCGCCCCCCUUUUCACCAUCCUAGUUCUGGACUGGAUGACUUUGAUCCUCCGCCUCAUCAUCCUAUGUUACAACAAAUGCAUAUUCCAGGAAAUUUUCCUCCACCCCAAUUAUUGCAAGGAUUUCCUAGGGGUGCACCGAUGCCUUCUUCAAACAACCAACCAACUGGUUACAUACCAGAGAUGAACCCAAUGCAAGGUUUUCCUUUGGGUCUCCGGCAGCCCAACUUUGCUGGUCUUGGAAUACCUCCAGGUCAUGAUGCUGGUAGAAAUGAGCAUUCAGAGGCAUUGCAAAGGCUUAUAGAUAUGGAGCUAAGGGCGAAGUCUAAACAGAUUCCUCCCCCAUAUGGUGCAGGUGGGCAGAGUCACGGGAUAUAUGGACAUGAGCUAGACAUGGGAUUCGGGUAUCGAUGAAUCAAGUGUGGGGUUGUGUAAAUUGCAAUGUAUUCUUGAUACUCUGCUCAGGCUUGCUAUUACUCCUUGCAUCUUCUUUUAGAAAGAAUUGCAUGUGACCAUGUAAUUAGAAGAUUGUGAAUUAAUAUUGGUAUUUCCUUGGGCUUCAUGAUC